AUGCGGUUCAUCGAUCGAGCCUCUUUUCUCUCGUCGGCUCUACUAGCAAUCCCUUCUUUGACUACGGCCUUUUACCUUCCAGGUGUUGCACCGACCUCCUACGACGAAGGACAAGCAGUUCCACUUUAUGUCAACCACCUCACCCCCAGCCUCUCUCGCGAUGAUCAGCUUCAUUCGGUCUUCUCAUAUGACUACUACCAUCCAGCGUUUGGGUUUUGCCGACCCGCAGACGGUCCUAAAGAUGUGAGAGAAUCUCUGGGGAGCAUUCUAUUCGGUGAUCGAAUUCGUACCUCACCAUUCGAGCUUCACAUGGCAAAGAACGAGACGUGUAAAUCGAUAUGUGCAGAGGCCAAAUUCGAUGCCCGCAGCGCCAAGUGGACCAAUCGUCGAAUAGCUCAGGGCUACAACAUCAACUGGAUUGUGGAUGGGCUGCCAGCCGCGCAGUUGAACUAUGACGGUGUUACCAAGACGAAAUUCUACAACCCUGGAUUUUCUCUGGGUGAGCUAGAUGACAACGGUCAGGCUCUUCUGAACAAUCACUACGACAUUGUGAUUGAUUACCAUAAGGUGGGCUUCGGCGGCAAGGAUAAAUAUCGCGUUGUUGGAGUGCUUGUCCAGCCCGAGUCUCGCAAGGACUCCCGGAAUUUAGAAGGUGGGACCGCUGAGUGUGGUACCCAGGGCAAUGGUCUUACGCUCAACGAGGACGGGGAUACCACAGUCACCUGGACGUAUAGUGUGUACUGGAAGGAGUCCCCCACAGCCUGGGCUACUCGAUGGGACAAGUAUCUUCAUGUCUAUGACCCCAAGAUUCACUGGUUCUCACUCAUCAACUCCGCUGUUUUUGUAGUUUUCCUCGUGGGUAUGGUCAGCAUGAUUUUAGUCCGCGCACUCAAGAAGGAUAUUGCUCGCUAUAACCGGCUGGAUUCGUUCAACCUGGAGGAUUUGGAUAGUACUUCGGCUGCGAUCGAAGACGGAGUCCAGGAGGAUUCUGGCUGGAAGUUGGUCCAUGGCGAUGUCUUCCGUUGCCCCGAAUCUCCACUGCUGCUAAGUGUGAUGGUUGGCAAUGGCGCCCAACUGUUUAUGAUGACCGGUGUGACUGUCGCAUUUGCUCUGCUUGGUCUCCUCUCUCCUUCAAACCGUGGAUUCCUCGCUACUGCCAUUCUCCUGAUUUCCGCCCUUUUCGGUGGUAUUGGUGGUUACGUGUCAGCGCGAGUGUAUAAGACAUUCGGUGGCGAUGCUUGGAGACGCAACAUUAUCAUGACGCCUCUGUUCAUCCCUGGAAUUAUAUUCGGUACAUUCUUCACGCUGAAUCUCUUUGUUUGGGCAAAGGGAUCCAGCGGUGCCGUACCAUUUGGAACUAUGUUGGCACUAGUCUUGAUCUGGUUUGUUAUCAGUGUGCCAUUGAGUGUGGCAGGCAGUUGGUUGGGAUUCAAACAAUCGCCGCUUGAGGGUCCUACCAAGACGAACCAAAUCCCCCGACAGGUUCCUCCGAUGGCUGGUAGUCUGCGCACAAUUCCGUCGAUUCUGCUAACCGGUAUUCUUCCCUUUGGUGCAAUUUUCGUCGAGCUGUACUUCAUUAUGACCUCCCUCUGGACCAACAAGAUCUACUACAUGUUUGGGUUCCUGUUCCUUUGUUACGGCCUGAUGAUCAUUACCUCUGCGGCUACUACCGUCUUGCUAGUGUAUUUCUUACUAUGUGCGGAGAACUACCGGUGGCACUGGCGCGCAUUUAUAGGUGCGGGUAUGACCGGAGGAUAUGUCUUUGUGAAUGCGCUCAUUUUCUGGGCGACACGAGUCAGUUUUGGUGGAUUGACGGGGGCGGUGCUCUAUGUUGGCUAUUCAGCGUUGAUCGCCUUCAUUGUGUUUAUUCUGACUGGUUCCAUCGGUUUCUUCGCCAGUUGGGCAUUUAUCCACCGUAUCUAUGGAGGGGUCGUUCUGAUCAUGGGAAAGUCUCAAUCAAAGCUUUCGCCGACUCAGCUCGAUGAGCUGCAAAGGGCAACACAUUUCGAUAAGAAGGAGCUACAACAAUGGUAUAAAGGAUUCCUCAAGGACUGCCCGUCCGGUACCCUGACCAAGGAAGAGUUCCAAAAGAUCUACCGGCAGUUCUUCCCCUUCGGCGACCCAUCAUCCUUUGCCAAUUAUGUCUUUCGCGUUUUCGAUUCGGACAACAGUGGUAUGAUCGAUUUCAAAGAGUUUAUCUGCGCACUUUCCGUGACUUCGCGGGGCAAGAUGGAGGAUAAGCUGGAUUGGGCAUUCCAAUUGUACGAUAUCGAUGGCGAUGGGAAAAUCACUUAUGACGAAAUGCUGGCCAUUGUCGAGGCGAUCUACAAGAUGGUUGGAUCCAUGGUGAAACUCCCCGAGGACGAAGAUACCCCAGAGAAACGUGUACGGAAGAUCUUCCGGAUGAUGGACAAGGAUGAAAAUGGCAGUCUCGACAUUGAGGAAUUCAAAGAAGGCAGCAAACGGGAUGAAACCAUCGUCAGUGCCUUGUCGCUUUACGACGGGUUGGUUUAG